GGUUCAGCCUGCCGUGCAUACAAUUACACAAAGAGAAUCGUGGAUACACAUCACAAAGAACUUCACAAAACUACAGUUGUCUGAGUCACAGCAAGAGCCCAUAGUCAGAGAAGAAACAACCCGAAGGAAACAUUGGAGGGACGACAGAGAGACUGCAUCCUGAGGCCCUGAGAAGUGAGCCAACGUUUUGGUCAGCCUCCUUUUUGGACUCACCUACACUGAGCUAAUGACACUACCGACGUCACGAGCUGGUGAAGACAGCGUUCAUAUUUAACAUUUUCCAGUAUCUUUAGUGGGAUCUGUACAAGUUUGGACAGAAGGUUUUGACAUUUUCAGCAUUGCACCAUGGAACAGGAGGAUGACAAAAACUCUGUGGAUUUUCAUGACAAUCCUCCGGCUCCUGACAAUGUAGUGAGGGAGGAUGGAGACACUGUCUAUUUCAUUUAUGAGGAGGAGGUGGAGGUGGAGGAGAAGGAACCAGAACCUCCUUCGGACCCUGUUAUUCGGGUUAAUGACAAACCCCACAAGUUCAAGGACCAUUACUGCAAGAAACCCAAGUUCUGUGAUGUCUGUGCUCGCAUGAUCGUUUUGAACAACAAAUUUUGUCUGAGGUGUAAGAACUGCAAGACCAACAUCCACCAUUCAUGUCAGCACUACGUCGAGUUCCAGAAGUGCUUUGGUAAAAUUCCACCUGGCUUCAGAAGGGCCUACAGUUCCCCCCUUUACAGCAGUGACCAACCAGACCCAAACAACCCCAACCGGAACGACCCAGUCUUCGACACACUGAGGGUCGGCGUCAUCAUGGCAAACAAGGAGCGCAAAAAGAAUGAAAACGACAAGAAAAAUAUCAUGAUGAUGAUGGAAGAGGAGGAAGAAGAAAACCAACAACCGAAAGAAAAUGAGGAAGGAGGCGAAGGGAAGCCUGAAGAUAAAAAAGAAAAAGGUGGAGACAAAGCAGACGACAAGGCUAAAGGCACCUUCACCGGGUCCCACUACUACCUGGCUCUCUACCGCUUCAAAGCCAUCGAGAAAGACGACCUGGACUUUCACCCCGGUGACCGGAUCAUAGUGCAGGAUGAUUCCAAUGAAGAGUGGUGGAGAGGGAAGAUGGGGGAGAAGACUGGCUACUUCCCUGCCAACUACCUCAUUAAAGUGCGUGCAUCUGAGAGGGUGUACAAGGUGACCCGCUCCUUUGUGGGCAACAGAGAAAUGGGACAGAUUACACUCAAGAAAGAUCAGAUCGUAGUGAAGAAAGGAGAUGAGAAAGGUGGCUACCUGAAGGUCAGCACGGGACGCAAGCUGGGGUACUUCCCUGCAGAUCUCCUUCAGGAAAUCACCUUCACAUAAGGCACAACGCUACAAAAAAGGCCGCAGCGCAAGAUAUCACUGAAAGCUGCUCUUUGUUCGGCAACGCCAUCUGAUACCACGUUCAUUUAACACCUGCUGAGAAUCUAAGUUUGCUUUUAUUGUGUUUGCUGUGAUCUAUUUCUGUCUAUGACGUGUUGAUUAUUUGAAAAACCUUUUCAUCAUUAUCAUGGCUGACUCUUGUCAGCAGAGCACACACAUGCUUUUGAAGUCUUGGCUGCUGACUUUUUUCAUACUCAGGUUGUAACGACAAGUAGAAAAAUUGUGACUGCUUUUCUAUUGCUGCAGAAGCAAAAUGAAUACACAUGCAGCUAGCAUGUGGAUCAUAGCCUAUAUGAGAUUAAAUAAAUGUGUUUUAAUUUUUUUCUCCCUUUAGAUAUACUCUAUAGGAUUUAACUCUCAUUUAAAUAACUUAUGGCAAACCUUUUCAAGUUGGAUGGUAAAUACCGGGAUGUGCAGGCUCCUGCAUGUACAGCGCCCUCUAGUGUAAUUGACAGGGAAAUCCUAAAUCCUUUAAAUAAAUUCAAAUCCUUGAAAUCAAUUAAAAUAAUCUCACACUGA